AUUAAACUUAUUAAAACCAAUUUGUUCCUAGCAUAAGCAUGUCAUUUAACGUGUAUAUAAUUAAUUUUGAAUAUUAAAGCUAACCACCCUUUACAUAGCUUUAACAUGAACACUAUGAGUAUGAUGAGAAUGGGGGUUUCGUGUGAUUCACAAGAAAAAAAGAAAAUAUUCAUAGCUCACAAUAACGGCGACAGUGGGCUUGUUGAGCGUUACGUCAUCGCACCUUUAAAGAACGUCGACCCGCGUGACGUCGGCUUCACGAUUGAGUGCGUCUACGACAAGACCCAUUUCUGGCCAGGCAAAACUACUAUCGACAAUAUCCUAGACGCCGUGCAGCAGUGCGUGCACACGUUCGUGGUAAUCACACCGACGUCGAUCAACCGUCAGUGGGUCCGUUAUGAGACACAACUGGCCCUGGAGCGAUCACAGAGCAGCGGGAGGCUGUGUGUAACUCUCAUUCUAUUGGGUAUCGAUCCGAGAGAGGUUCAAGAUGUGCAUGGGUUUCGGUUCCUGACACGCGCAGUCCUCAUGCACGCCGACAUGCGCCGUGAUGGAUGGGAUAAACUUCUUCUCCGAAAGAUGUUGGACAGAAUUAAAGGUGAUGGACGGGCGUGGCUUGGGGAGCUGAUGGUGACAAGCAACCUCACAAAUGGUCAGGUGUGGAGUCACUUUACUGGAUACUCCAGAAUUGUCCUAUCUGUACUGAAGGAUAGAAUCAGGUCCAGCGUUUGGUACAAGGAAAACCCCGAUCGGUUUCCUCUAGUUGAGUUCAACAUCAUCCCCAUGAGUGCCAGCCGGGUCGGCAAUCUCUCAGUUUGGGAUGAAAAUAUCAAGUAUGUUGGGGACCUGCCUCCUGUAUAUGCAGAGAGGGGAAGCUUUCGGGAACGACCAUACUUUGUCUCCGUCUACAUGAUAGAAGAUGAGGGCAAGGUAUUCUACAUCGCAGCAGUGGUUCCAAACACAAUCACAAUACUUAAUAAGCUGGAACACCCAGAGGAGCCUCUGUAUAAGGGACAGAAAGAGGCCCAGCCACCAAAAAUGUCAGCAGGAGAGAGAAAACUACAGGUUGCCCAGUUCCACAUUGGACUCAAUCAGCUUGUCAACCAUGUCAGCAACCAGGAGUGUAACAACUGUGUCAAGUUCAUCUUGUAUGAUGAUGGGAAAAAGAAAGAAGAGAGGAUAGCUCUAUCACGGUUGAUUCUGGACGCUAUAUACAAGGGAUGUCCUGAGGAAAACUUUGAAGGAUCCAAGCAGCAACAUACUGUAAUAGUCAGUCGGUUAGAUGAUGUUAAGUAUCGUGAAUUCUACGAGCGCCCUAUUUGGGAGCGUUCUGUGUUAAUAUCCUUCUGUGAAUCAGUCCAAUCAGAUAAUGACACUGCAGAAGAGUUAAAGGAAUUUCUAAAAAAGAAUAAAUUUUUUGUUCACCAAUCUUCUGUUGGUAAAACAGAAUUUGGUGAUUUACAAGACGCAGUUAUGAAGUGUAAAUGGUUUGUGGUUAUUUUGUCAGAUGAUGCAAUACAUGAUAAAAAUUAUAAAGUUCUCCAACAGAAGUGGCAAAUUGUUUUGCAUGAAAGUGUUUUAACGAAUGAAGUCAGGGUUAUUCCUAUUUUGGAUGGUAUAAAUGAAGAUUAUAUAUCAGAUGACUUACGUGCGUUGACCUACAUUAGCAAACAGGAGGCAGGGUACAUGAAAAGACUGCUACAAGUCAUAAGUUAUGGUCCUAUCGCUAUGGAGACCAGGGUGUCGGCAAAAGAUGUCCAUCAGGGGCUGGCCUGGGCCUAUGUCAUUAACUACCUAAAAGUCACCAUACAAGAACACCUUCAUCGCUUGGAGGAGAUACAACGAGAUCACCCGCACAGUGUGGUCAUGAAGAAACUGUAUAUUGUGGUUCCCAGCUCUUGUAGCCAGCGGGCCCUCAAAUCCCUGGAUAAGGAUGAAAAUGGAAGGGUGAUAGACAGUCGUUUCAGACAGAUGCAGGAAAUGUACAUGCACAAAACAUCUGUUGGUGGUCAAAUUAACAGGCCCUACCAGCUUAUCACAUAUAGACUUCAGGCUGACCUCAAGGAGUACAUCAUAGCAGUGGAAUACCCAAAUGCAGUUGUUUGUCUGCGAGAGAUGUCGGAGCUUACCCACCUAUCCGGCCUUGACACCAAACAACUUCCUGUGGAGGCGUACAGGUUUAAGGAACUGGCACAGAAGAUCAUAGAUAAUAACCCUGAUAUUGCGAGCCACGCUAGAAUGAUCUACUAUGACGACGAGCGUAUUACUGUUGUUGAGGCUUUGUUGUCAGUUUUGGAGACAGACAUAUGACAUCAAACAGAUUUCUAUAAUAAAGACAUUUUAUAAAGUUAUAUUGACAUUAUUGGCACAUCCAUAUUGAACGUUACAGAAGAAGACGCUUGCAGGGAUGUGAUUGACCUGGCAGCCGGAGGACUGAAACAUUUUUGGCCAUAGGUUUAUGGGGCGCUCUUGGGGUCAAAAGCGCACUGCUGUAGAAGAAAAAAUUUUUUAGAGGGCUUUCCUGACUUUAAAUUUGAAGCAAACUGCUAAAUAUUAACUUAAACAACUGAAAGCAACCAAAUUUUUUUCAGGUAAAAAAAAAUAAAAAAAUCUUUUCUUUCUUUUUUUUUUGGGGGGGGGGGGGUCUCUGGGGCCAUAAGAUCCGCGGAAUUCCGCGAAUCCGCGGACAAAUCACAUCGCUGGCUUGAUGCCAAUGACGUUGAUGUUUUGCAGGAAGUUAAAGCUUGCAUUUUCAGAACGAUUCUUCAUUACAACAGUUAUUGCACUCGUAAAUACCCAGGUCCCUUUAACGUUGCAAUAUUUCAUAUUACCAAAAUGUGAUAAGGAAUUUAAACAGUAUGUUUUCAAACCUCAUUUUGGUUUGUUUCAAAAAAUGGUUCAAUUUUGAUAUAAUGAUUGAAGCAAAUGAUGAACAUGGAAAUUUAUAUUUAUAGCUGAAUGGGAUUUUAUAAUUUAUUAUGACAUUUUGUGGUUUUUAUUUAAACAUAGGGCCGUAACUGAUGUUGGAAAAACAUUGGCCCAAUCCCUUUGCAUGUCUUUUUUACAUGAACGCAAGCUUUGUUACAUUGUACUGUUUCUGUUCCUUUGUUGUUAUCAUCAUCGUGUUAUGUGUAAAUGUAUCAUCAUGCAAUAAAAUAUGUUUAAACAUUGAUGCAAUGCAUAACAACGAGUGAGCGUGCGACAAAAUAUAGUAAGAAAGAUUUGAAGCUGAUGUCACAAACUUAUUUAAAAGUUUUACUUGCAACAUCAAAUAAACAUUGCCUAAACUGA